UCUGGGUUUCUCCAUUUCUUUGUUUUUCUGGUUAUGUACAUGGCGUCAACUCGGGAGGGACACUAUAGAGGAGUACGAAAGAGGCCGUGGGGGCGUUACGCAGCUGAGAUUCGCGACCCAUGGAAGAAGAGCAGGGUUUGGCUUGGUACUUUUGACACACCGGAAGAGGCUGCUCAUGCUUACGACGGAGCUGCCAGAUCUUUACGUGGUGCGAAAGCAAAAACCAACUUCCCCCCGCCGAUAAAGGCCGGUCUCUCCUUCGACCUUAACGCCACCUCUGGAUCUCACUUGUGUACCUCCCACUCUGGUCAUAUCGUCAUCGGCGAGUUUCUGAACGCAGGUUCUCUCAAGGAUGUGAGCUGUCCUGUCAACGCGGAUGUCUCAGUUUCGAUGAACAAAGAAUCUCCGUUUUGUCUCUCCCUUGGUGCUAAUGAAAGCCCCAGCCACCCAGUGGUGUCUGAAACGUCUACAACGACGUCGUUUUUAGGCAUCGUUAGGCGAGGCUUGCCCUUUGAUCUCAACGAGCCUCCUCCCUGUUGGCUGUAAAUGAACCGAUUUCUCUCGUAGAUGCAUAACUUCAGUCGUCGUUUUUCCUUUUUA